AUGCUGCGGAAGCAAGGCGACCAGAGCGUGAUCUUCGCCGACACGGUCGCCAAGGUGAACCGGCACAACAGAAUCGUUCCGCGGCUGCUGGUGGUGACGGAAAAGGCGGUCUACAUUAUCGAGCGAGAUACCUUCCGGCUGAAGCGGCGCAUCCCAUUGGACAUCAUCGAGUCGCUGUAUCUGUCUGAGCUGGCGGAUAACUUUUUGGCGCUGAUGGUCCCCAAGGAGUUUGACUGCCUGCUUGUGAGCACACGCAAGACAGAGAUUGUGACUGUAUUGGUGGAUGCGACUAAAACGACUUCCAGGGAGCUGAAAGUGUGCUUCAGCAACAAGUUUGAAUACACCAUGGAUCCCGAUACAACACGGCAAGUGGAGUUCACACAAGUAGCAGGUGGUGUGAGCACCCGCAUCACCAAUGCUAUCUAUUCGAACCUCACAGUCGCUUCUGCGCCAGAUCUCACCGACUCACUAGCCUUCUUCCUCACUCUCGCCCACUGCGAGGAAGCCCACAGUCUAAAGGCCCCUCGUGCCCUUCCCAGACCCGCUUUCCGCACACCGUGUCCGUCUCUUAGGCUGCUCACAUACUCUUGCUCGCAUCCUUCCUCUCACCGUUCCCGCUGCGUGUUCGACUGGUCUCAAGUCCCCAUGGCGUCUCCUCGUCCCGCUGCUCGCUCGCCUCCGCCUGCCGUGGCGGCGGCCGCGCUGUGCGUGCUCGCCCUCGCCGGGCUCGCCGGCUGCGCUGCUGCCGCUGAGCCCGUCACUGGCGUCACCCCCGACAAGGAGGUGGCGGCGAUGAGGGCGAUUCGCUCUGCCCUGGGCCCGGAGACGGUGCAGAACUGGCUGCCCAACUGGGGCGACUUCGGGGACAUCUGCGGGCCCUUGGGGUGGGCGCCGCAGGUCAUCUGCGAUCAGACGCCCUCGGGCAACUACACCAUCGUCGCCAUCGACAUAUCGGGCGGCAUGGAGGGCACGCUCAGUCCGCGCAUCGCCGACCUUGACAACCUCAAGCAGCUGAAGCUGCAGAGCAUGGGGCUGGAGAGUGAGGGCCUCGUGGACACACUCCUGAAACUCACGCAACUCGACACGCUGGAGAUCCGCAACAUGCCGGUGGGCAUCACCACUGCUGAGCUCGACCUCUCCAAAUUCGCCAAACUCCAAAGCCUCGCGCUGCGCAAUGUGAUGCUGAGGGGCCUCAUCGCCAAGCUCAACCUGCCCGCACUCACCAACCUGCAAUACCUGGACUUGGCGCAGAACCAGCUGACGGGCGAGCUGCCCAAGGGGCUCACCAACAUCUUCCACAUUGACCUCUCCUCCAACAGCCUCUCAGGAAUGCUGCCCACCGACCUCAUCUCCUCGCCCAAAAUCCAGGACUUAGUGCUGUACAACAACCGUCUGGAGGGCGCCCUGCCUGACCUCUUCGCCGCUGCCGAGAAUCUUCAGCAGCUUGACCUGUCUCAGAACAACCUCGUCGGCACCCUCCCUCCUUCACUGGCCGAGCUGCGCAGUCUCUACUACAUUGACCUGAGCAGCAACUCCUUCCGUAACAAGAUGCCGCGCUUCUUUGCUGCCUGCACCGUCACCAACACCAGCGCCUUCCUCAACCUGACGAGCAACAAGCUCACGGGCGGUAUUCCCAACAGCCUGGGGCUCUACGCCAACCGCAACACCGUGCAAACCAUUGUCGACCUGUCACACAACCAGCUGCAGGGCGCGGUGCCCACAAAUCUGCUGGUAGCAGAUACUUUCUUCUACGACCACAACGACGGCCUCUGUGGCGCGCCCUACCUCCCCAUGUGCGGCCCUGACGGCAAGCCUGCUGCUGCCGAUCCUAAUGAUCCGCUCACCGCGCUCAUCACGAACAGCACUUAUGAAGGCACUGCUGACGGCUCCCCGCCUUUUGCUGACGUCAUGACCUCGCCUAAUCCUGACCAGCCCACCCAGCCCACCACUCCCACCCCUUGCACCGCCACGCCUGCUGCGGCGGAUCCUGCUGCAACUGAGCCGGCUGCUGUCGCUAAACCCGCUGCCACCUCUGAGCCUGCUGCCGCGCCCCCCCAGCUGACCUGCAACUGCGAGCAGCUGUCCGCGGGUGUCAUCUUCGGCAUUGCCUUUGGCGCUGCUGUGCUGACGGCUGUGCUGGUGGCGGCGGUGGUGCUGACGUGGCUGCACUACGGCAAUGCGCGCAAAGCGGCGCGUGUGGAGGGCGCUGGGUUCCUGUUUGUUAACGGGGAGAAGGUGAAUGGUGCGGCCGGUGCCAAGGAUAUUGAGAAUCCGCCCCCCAUGGGGAGCUUUAACGAGCGGGACCAGCCUCGCGCGCCCGCCGUACCCUCCGCGCCUUCCCCCAUGCUGCUCCCCUCCGCGCCCUCCCCCACUUCCGUCAAUGCGAUUGGCCGAUCGCGCUCCCUCACAAACUCCUCUUCCGCCUCCCUCGUCGUUGCCUCUGUUCUCUCCGCAUCCCGCUCCCCCCUCCCCGCUUUCCCGCGCCAAUCCUCCACUUCCUCCACGUCCCCCUGCCGUGCCUUGCGCCCGUCGCCCCCCGCCGCGCGCGGAAGCGGCGGGGGGCGGGGGGAAGACCCUUCCGCGGACGUCUCCCGCGAGUUCCCCAACGGCGACUCGUACCGCGGGCAGUGGGGCGCGGCGUGGGACGUGCCGCACGGCGCGGGGUGCUACGUGUGGGCGGACGGGAGCGUGUACGAGGGGGAGUGGGCGCGCGGGGAGAAGCACGGACAGGGGCUCUUUGUAUGGCCGUCGGGCGCGCGCUACAAGGGGGAGUGGGCGCGCGGGCAGAUGCAGGGCGUGGGGAGCUACUGGGGCGCGGACGGGUCGUUCUACACGGGGAACUGGGCGGCGGGCGUGAAGCACGGGCUCGGGCGCAAGCUAUACCCGAACGGGGACCGUUACGAGGGCUUCUGGUCGUUCGGCGCGGCGCACGGGCCGGGGCGGUAUGUGUGGGCGAACGGGAACGAGUAUUUCGGCGAGUGGGAGGGCGGGACGAUGAGCGGGUGCGGCACUUUCACGUGGGCGAGCGGCGAGCGGUACGAGGGCGAGUGGGAGGGCGGCGUGGAGCACGGCGUGGGCGUGUUCGCGUGGCGCGACGGUAGCCGUUACGAAGGCACGUGGAGCCGCGGGCUCAAGGACGGCUCGUUCAAUGCCGGUUCGGCAAGCUCAGGUUCGGGGAGGCUGGCUCGGAGGGGCGGCGUGGCGGCGGGUGGUGCAGCAGCAGCAGCAGCAGCAGGAGGGGGAGGGGGAGGGGGAGGGGGAGGGGGAGGGGGGGUUAACAGUGGAGUGAAGGGCGUGCAGAGGAUGCUACAGAAGCGGCUUACAGCGGGGACGAGGGCGCUGGAGGUGGCGCUGGGGCCCACAGGGAGCGUGUACCUGGCGGCUGAUGCCGUCCCCGCCAUGCCCCUCCCUGACUCCUCCUCGCUUGGCCGGGGGGACGCCAGGCCAAGCGCGCGGGAGGGGGUAGGCGGAGGGGAGAAAGGGGCGGAGAGGAGGGAGGCGGAUGUGGAGGGAAGGGAGGGAGUUGGGGUGAGGGAGGAGAGGGAGGGGAGAGAGGAGAGGGUGGUGAUUGCGAUUGGGAGGAGUUCAAGAGGGGAAGGCAGGGGCGAGAGGGUUGCAGGAGAACGGAGCAAGGGUGGAGGGCAGGCGAGCAUGGGCGGGGCAGUGAGUGACGCGGACAUGUGGCGGCCGCUGAUUGGCAGCGGUGCAGAGAGCAGCCAAUGGGAAGGAAGCAGCGGUGAAGCAGCGGUUGUGGGACCGCUGCAGGCACGGCCGAGUAAGGCAAGGAGGGAAGAGGGGGAUGCGCGGGAGAGGGGCGAGAUGCAAGGGGAGGAGGGUGUGGGGAUACACGGGAGAGGGGGGGGACAGCACAGAGGGAGAAUAAGGGGAGGGGCUGGUGGGGAGGAGGAAGAUCAGGAGGAGAACGGUGUUGGGAGCAGCGCUGCUGUCUCGCGGCCAAUGACAGCGAGCCACGUGUCGGAGGUGGACAUGGAGGGGCGGCAGGACAACUGGAAGGUGUGGAGGGAGGAAGCCCCCUCGCGCUGGCGCCACCACCUGGGCCUCCGCGGCCCCCCUGCUGCGCCCUCCCCCUCCCCCGCUGCUGCUCCCAGUUCCACCCCUGGCCCUGCUGCUGCCUCCCCUGGACCUGGAGCAUCCAACUCAGCACAUGCUGCUGCCAGCUCAGCAGCCGUAGCUGCCAGCUCAUCAGCGAGUGGGGUGUCAGCAGCGGCGGCGGCGGCAGGUGGGGCGGAGGGGGAGGGUUCACCGUGGGCCAUCACGCGUGCUCUCACCAUGGGCCCUGUGCCGGGGCGAGGGCAGCAGUACGCUGAGGGGGAGGCGCGCAGUGGAGGGGAGUGUGAGGCACAGGAUGCAAGAGAGGAGGAGGGGGUGAACGGGGAGGAGUCAGGAGGGGCGGCGGUGCUGCUAUGGAACGGGGGAGGCGAGGGAGGGGCGUUGAUGGUGAGGGAGUACGUGCAUGGCGUGCUCGUCGCUCAGCAGCCCCUCUCCUCCCACUCCCAUCCCCCGCGGUGGCACGUGCCGCGGGGCAGGGAGGGCAAGAAGGCGGGAGAGCUCAUAUACAAGGGUCACCGCAGCUACCUGCUCAUGCGCACCCUGCAGCUCGGCCUAAGGUACAGUGUGGGGAGGAUCACACCAGACGCGCAGAGGGACGUGGGGGCAGCAGACUUCUCCCACUGGCCGGCCGUGCGCUUCCCCCCGGCGGGCUCGCCCACCACGCCGCCACACUCCAUGCACGCCUUCAAGUGGCGCGACUACUGCCCCGCCGCCUUCAGAGCACUGCGAGCCAUGUUUGGCAUAGACCCGGGGGACUACAUGCUGUCGCUGUGCGGGGACGACGCGCUGAGGGAGCUGAGCAGCCCCGGCAAGUCAGGCAGCGUCUUCUUCCUCUCGCACGACGACCGCUUCCUCAUCAAAACCAUGCGCAGCGCUGAGCUGCAGGUGCUGCUGCGCAUGCUCCCCGCCUACUAUCGCCACGUGAAGCACAACCCACACACUCUCCUGACCAAGUUCUUCGGGCUGCAUGCCAUCAAGAUCUACCACACCGCCUCCUCCCGCACCGCCUCCCGCCUCGCCGCCAAGGCGGGCGGGCGCGAGUCAGUGAUUCGCUUCGUGGUCAUGGCCAACCUGCUGGUGUCUCCGCUGCGCGUGCACCGGCGGUUUGACCUCAAGGGGUCGUCGCAGGGGCGCAGCACGGGCAAGGUGGCGGUGGAUGACACCACCACUCUCAAGGACCUCGACCUUGACCUCGCGUUCCUCCUGCACCCGCCCUGGCGUCCGCUGUUGUUGCAGCAGAUAGCAGCGGAUUGCGCCUUCUUGGAGCAGCAGCACAUAAUGGAUUACAGCCUGCUGCUUGGCGUGCACUUCAAGGCCACAGGGCCCCCACCCGCCCCCAUCGUCACCAUCACUGACGCCCACCUUGACGGCCCAACCCCCGCCUCCCUCCAACCCGCAGCAGCACCGCAUGGCAGCAGUGCCAGUGCUGUCACCAGCAUGCCCGCAGAGAGGGAGCAAGGGCUGGAGGCCCAAGCAGGUGCAGCGGUCGGGCAGAGCGAGGCGAGGGAUGGGGGAGGCGGGGAGGAGAUGCAGCAGUCCCAGCAGGGCGAACAGGCGGCAUGUGAGAGUGACGCGGCUGCAGCCUCACGGCUGAAUGCACCUCCGCCCCUGCACCAGCUGAGGAGGCGUCUAUUCCGCCCAUGGCAGCGCAUUCUCACCGACUCGCCCUCUCCCCUGCAGAGAUCUCUGGGGGACCCGGGCCGAGGGGGCACAUCAUCCUCUCACACCUCCCCCUCUCACACCUCCCCCUCUCACGCCUCCUCCUCACACACCUCCCCCUCCCACACGUCACCAUCCCAUGCUGGUGCCACGGCUGCUACUACUGCCACCACUGGCUCUCCCGCCACUGCUGCCACUGCCCGUGCGGGCACAGCUCGGCACUUCUUCCCGCGCUCACUCACGGCUGGCAGCGGCGGCAGCAGCCCGCUGCACCUGCUGGCGCCCUCCUUCCCCCACUCGCACUCCCUCACCACUGACGGCAGCAGCGUGGACGAGGGGAGCGCGGAGGGGAGUAGCAGCUGUGGCGUGGUGGAGGGGGACGGGAGGGCAUGCAGUGACGAGGAGGUGUUGGGCUCAGCUGAUGAUCGUGGUGUGGCAGCAACUGGGACGGGCGGCAAGUCUGCAUGUGCAGCAGGGGCGGUGGUGGGGCAAGGCAUGGCGGGCACGGCAGUGAGGGUGGACAGGCGCACUCGCAGGGCCGUGGAGGACCCGCUGCUGGGGGAGGCGUAUGAGGUGCUGCUGCACUUUGGCAUCAUUGACAUCCUGCAGGAGUACGACGUGGGCAAGCGAGUGGAGCAUGUGGUGAAGAGCCUGCAGUACGACGGGCACUCCAUCUCAGCUGUCAACCCCUCGCUCUACGCGCGCCGCUUCCGCUCCUUCAUCCUCUCCACCUUCCCCGACCCCCUCCACCCCCACGCCUCCCAUCCCAAUGCUCCCCAUGCUCAUGCUCAUGCUGAUGCUGCUCACUCCUACUGCGCUGCUGAUGGUGGUGCAGGUGAUGGGGAUACUGAUGCUGAUGCUGAUGCUGAUGUUGAUGAUGGUGAUGGUGGUAACGGUAGUGGUAGUGAUGGUGAUGGUGGUGAUGGUGGUGGUAGUGAUGGUGAUGGUGGUGGUAGUGAUGGUGAUGGUGAUGGCUAUGAUGAUUUCCUUCUUGCCUCUCCCGCAGGAGGUGUUCGGGCGACGUGCAGCAUUUUCCGCCUGUCUCACUUCUAG